CUCCCUCCCUCUGUGUUCAUGUCCCUCUUUCUCCAUCUUGAAACACGACCGCGAGAGGAGGAUCUGAUCUCCCGGUUCAACACUCCCGCCGGACUUAAAAAAUCUGUUUCAGAGCGCGUUCAAUAUCCCGUUUCAGAGCCCGUGCAGCGACCGGAGGACUGCGUGUUGAGGAGAUGUCAGUGGCGGGAUUGAAGAAACAGUUCCAUAAAGCGACCCAGAAAGUAAGUGAGAAGGUUGGAGGAGCAGAAGGGACCAAACUUGACGAUGAUUUCAAGGAAAUGGAAAAGAAGGUGGACAUCACCAGCAGAGCAGUUCUGGACAUCAUGACAAAAACCACAGAAUACCUUCAACCAAAUCCAGCUCACAGAGCCAGGUUGAGUAUGAUCAGCACCAUGUCCAAGUUCCGGGGCCAAGAGAAAGGUCCCGGUUACCCGCAGGCAGAGAGUGUUUUGGGGGACGCCAUGCAGCACUUCGGACGGGAACUGGGCGAGGAAUCCAGCUUUGGUGUGGUGAUGCUGGAUGUCGGGGAGGCCAUGAGGGAGCUGGGGGAGGUGAAGGACGCUCUGGACAUGGAGGUCAAACAGAACUUCAUCGACCCACUGCAGAACCUUCAUGACAAGGACGUCAAGGAGAUCCAGCACCACAUAAAGAAGAUGGAGGGCCGGCGGCUGGACUUCGACUAUAAGAGGAAGCGCAUGGGGAAGGUCCAAGAGGAGGAGCUCCGCCAGGCACUGGAGAAGUUUGACGAGAGCAAAGAGAUCGCCGAGCAGAGCAUGUUCAACCUGAUAGAAAGUGAUAUAGAGCAGGUGAGCCAGCUAGCAGCAUUGCUUCAGGCUCAGCUGGAAUAUCACAGCCGCUCUGCAGAGAUCCUGAAGCAGCUGUCCAGUAAAAUGGAGGACAGUAUCAAGGAAGCCUCCAGUCGACCCAGGAAGGAGUUCACUCCAAAGCCCAGGAUGACCCUGGAGCUGCUGCCCCCCAGCAAGAGCCUCAACGGGGGGCUCCACUCCGCCAAGUCCCCCAGCAAAUCUACUGCGCCCCUAAGCCAGCCGUGCUGCCGGGCGAUCUACGACUUCGAGCCGGAGAACGAGGGCGAGCUGGGCUUCAAGGAGGGUGACAUCAUCACCCUGACCAAUCAGAUCGACGACAACUGGUACGAGGGAACCAUCAACGGCCAAUCAGGCUUCUUCCCUAUCAACUACGUGGAUAUUUUGGUGGCACUUCCUCAAUAGAGCCCGCCCAUCCCCCCCCCACCCAAACCAAUCAAACAGCAUAGAUCCGCCUGUAAUUGAAUCGGUAAAAAGUCCCUCCUCCUUCUUCUUCUUCUUCUGUGUUUUCGUGCGCUUUUGCCCUGACACGAAAUACCCCCUUUCCCCUGGGUACUGUGGCAGCGGCGGGGGGGGGGGGGGGAGAGACGGUGAGACGAAGCCAUGAGGAAGAUGAUGAGAAUGGAGAGGACGAAGGCUUAGCGGCGUGUUUGUGUUUGUGCAUGAUGUGUGUGUAACCUGUGUUCCCUUCAGCACCUGUAAUGUUACGACCAUGCAGCCUUUUUUGUCUUUCAGACCAAUCCCUGGUGGUUGGCGUUCUGUGGUUAACUUGUCGUGUUGCUGUGAGUCCUUGGCGUGUUAUGGCGCCCCCUGCUGUCAGAAACUAGCCGGCCGCUCCAACCAUCGCAGAACUCAAACAUGUUCUCUUACGUCAGGCUUGCUGGGGUUCCAAAUGUAUCAACGCACGUGUUAAUCGAACUGGGGCCGACGGACGGUCAGUCAGAUAGUCAGACAGAUAGUUGGACAAUCCAAGAGACAGACAGAUUGAUGGUGUGUGGGUCCAUGAGGUAGCCUUUCACACACCAUCACACACCAAGCCAAGCAGCCAAUCAGGAAAGAGAUAUCCUGGAAGGUUACCCGUGCCUAGUUGUGUAAGUAAUAAGGUGUCUGUUGUGUGUUGGGCUCGUAUUACCUUGAUGGUUACAGGUUAGAUUAACCAAGAGGCUUCUGUUGCUCCACUCCUCUGCUCUGGAGCAGUGGGGGAGUUUGGACCAGACGCCAGGACUUCUACGGGGUCUCCAACAUAAGGAGGGAGGGUUGAACUUUGACCUCUGAUAUAAACUAUAUACCAGGGCUCAUGAAUAGAAGAGGGUUUGACACAGAGAACCCUGUUCUGAGUUACAGCAAAAGUUACAGCAAAAGAAAUAUUAUAAUAACUUCUCGUGACCAGGACAAUAAGCGAUAUUGCUAGAAUAAAACAAUAUAUUCCAUAGUAUAUAAAUCUAUAUCAAUAUAUACAUGUAUAUAUUCUUAAGUUUAUAUAUAUACAUACAUAUGUAUCAAUAUAAAUAUAUAUGUAUAUAUAUUUUACUUUUGUUACCAAAGCACAUCAGCAGAGACAGCAGAGCCAGAACCAGCAGCGUCUUGUUGCCUCAUCCUCCUGAAGACUGAGACUUUGUCCAACGUCGUUCAAUUGUUCCCACAUACCCUAUAUAGUGACCACUGUAAAGCACACUAUUAAGGGAACAAGCCAGGGAAUAGGGGCAUAUCGGACACAAUUUUGCGCAUCAAAUCUAUCAGCGUGACGUAUAUUGGUCUUCUAAACAAGCCGACACGUUUGAGAUGACACCAGAUGUAGUGCUGCAUUCCGAUAAAAUAAAUUGAAUACCUCAAGGUAUUGAGUGCACUAAAUAGGGAAACAGAUUUUUACACCGAGAUGUGCACUUCAGACAACACUUCAAAAUGGGGAUGCCCCGAAUAGUGCUCUAUAUAGGGCACUAGAAUGGUGCACUAUGUAGGGAACAAGUGGACCAGUUGGGACUCUCUUAGUGUAUUCCUGUGUCGUGGUCGCAUGGUUAAUGCGUGCUGCAUGGGGCCACAACCUUUUGCUGCAGGGAGGGCCUUUAUCUUGAAACACUGUCUAUGUUACUGUUUAGUUUCAAUGUGACUGAUUUAUUAUUUAUCAUCUGUUGUUAUCGUUGGUGUUUUCUACCAACUCUUUUAUUUCGAUUUUUUUUACUUUUCUUAGUUAACAGGAUUCCUUUAACAGCCUUGAAAUAUUUUUUAUUUUCUUUUCUAUUUUUCCAUCUUUCCAGUUUCCUGUUGUUAACCUCCUUGAGAAACAGUACUUAACCUCCUCCAGAUCCAAGGUUUGGGGCUCUUUAGGUCUAGUCUAAUAGUGUCUAAUAACUACAUAUAUAUA